AACUUUUAGCCUGCUUGACAAGAGAGGAGGAGAGAAGGCAGAGUGGAAUCAGGAGUCACCUCAGCAGCUCAUAUCCAGGAGGACUUCUGGCAGAUAGCACUGCUCAGAUCAAACUCAUAGGGAAACAAUUAGGAAGGCAGAUGUAGGACCUAGAGGAGGAUCUCUGGGCUGUACAAAUGAUCAGAUAAGAGUUGAGUUUACAGGAGAUCUCCUUGACAUUGCUCAAAGGCAGAACGCAUACAAGAGGCAUCAGCUUGAGCUUCCAUCAGAAGUAGUGCAAGAGGACUAUUAAGAGUGACCACAGCACUGGUACUGACCAGUGACCCAGAUCACACCUGGGAAUGCAGCACUGAGCCACGACAUGGAGCGGAUUAAAGUUCUAGACCAGCUGUUGCCAGAACUGAAUGUACUACUGAAGCUUCUAGACCACGAAUUCCUGAGCGCCACCACUAGAGAGAAACAAAGUGCAGUAUGCAAUAUCCUGCGCCAACUGCAGCCAUCUCCUGGAGAUGAUUUCCAGUACAUGAACACGGCAGUAUACCACAAUGGCACCAGCUUCGUGGAGUCCCUCUUUGAGGAGUUUGACUGUGACCUGCAAGAAUUACGGGACAUGCAGGAUGACUACAGAGAAAUAGAAGGCCAGCCCUCUCCACCCCCACCUGCACCUUGUAUCCCUCCACCACCAUUGCCUACUACUCCGCCACCAGAAGAUUAUUAUGAAGAAGCAGUGCCACUAGGACCAGGGAAGUCAACAGAAUAUAUCACCUCCCGCAAUAGCUCCAGUCCUCCAAAUUCCAUAGAAGACGGAUAUUACGAAGAAGCAGAUAAUAAUUAUCCCUUGACACAGAUCAAUGGAGAGCAGAAACACUCCUAUAAUGAAUCUGAUGGGCUUAGCAGUUCAUAUGAGUCUUAUGAUGAGGAAGAUGAAGAAGGUAAAGCUCAGCGUCAAAUGCACCAAUGGCCUUCACAGGAGGCCUCCUUGCAUCUUGUUCGAGACAGCAGAAUCUGUGCUUUUCUCCUGCGGAAGAAGCGUUUUGGCCAGUGGGCCAAGCAGCUUACCCUCAUAAGAGACAACAAGCUAUUGUGUUACAAGAGCUCCAAAGACCAGCAUCCUCACUUGGAGAUGCCCUUGCCUCUAUGCGGAAUCACUUAUGUUCCCAAGGAUGGGAGACGUAAGAAGCAUGAGCUGCGAUUCUGUCUGCCUAAUUCGGAGCUGCUUGUGUUGGCGGUUCAGAGUCGAGAACAAGCUGAAGAAUGGAUGAGGGUCAUCAGAGAGGCCAGCAGCCCAAGCACAGUGCAGCCACUUGCAUCCCCGGCACUGAGGCAUAAACUAGACCUGGACAAGAGACUAUCCCAUGACAAAACUUCAGAUUCAGACAGCGCGGUCAACGGAGAGAACAGCUCCCCCAGCAGUGGGAAGGAGAACAGGGACAAUGCAAAGUGUCGGAGGACUGGCCUGGCCGAACUGAAAGGGUCUAUGAGUCGAGCUGCAGGGAAGAAAAUUACAAGGAUAAUUAGUUUCUCUAAGAAGAAGCAAUCAGCAGAGGAGCAGCAUACCUCAUCCACGGAUGAAGAUGUCCCCUGCUGUGGUUUCCUGAAUGUGCUUGUGAAUCAGUGCUGGAAGGAGCGCUGGUGCCGUUUAAAGGGACAGACUCUCUAUUUCCACAAAGACCGCAAUGAUCUCCGGACUCAUGUUAAUUCGAUCGCGCUACGUGGCUGUGAAGUGUCACCAGGCUUUGGGCCUCAGCAUCCAUUUGCUUUCCGGAUACUACGUCAAAAUCAAGAAAUCUCUGUCUUAGAGGCCAAUAGUUCUGAAGAAAUGGGUCGAUGGCUGGGUCUUCUACUUGCUCAAACAGGCUCCAAAACCAAGCCUGAGGCCCUGCACUAUGACUAUGUAGACGUGGAGACAAUAGCCAACAUAGUGACCGCUGUUCGGCACUCUUUCAUGUGGGCAAAAUCCUCACACAGUGACAGUAGUGACUCUCGAAUCUAUGAUGAUGUCGCCUAUGAAAAGGUAUAUACUGAUAUUGAAGACCCAAAACGCUCACAAGGAGGAACACAAGUGAAGCGCCAUGCCUCUUCUUGCAGUGAGAAAUCCCGCAGGUUGGACCCUGAAGUUAAAGUCAAACGCCAUGCUUCAAAUGCCAACCAGUACAAAUACGGUAAAACCAGAGCUGAGGAGGAUGCUCGCAAGUUUGUGAAAGAGAAAGAACGUCUGGAAAAGGAGAAAGAAGCGAUCAGAAACAAGUUGGUAGCACUGAGGAAAGAAAGAAGAGAGCUGAAGGAGAUGUUGAAGAAUAGCACAGGAAAGCAGCAGCAAGAUCUAGAGGCAAGAUUAGCCUCAUUAGAAGAACAAUGUAAGGAUAAUGAGAAGAGCCGUGUAGAUUUGGAGCUACAACUUACAGAAGUGAAGGAGAAUCUGAAGAAGUCCCUAGCUGGAGGUCCAUCACUUGGGUUAUCAGUGACGGGCAAAGCAGAGAAUACACAGCCAACAAAAACCCAACAAGAAAAUGAGCGCCCUGUACCUGUCAACAGUGCUGCAGAGCUGAGACACAGAGCCCCAUCCAUAGCGACGACCAACAAAGGAAAGGUGCUCCAAAAGGCCAAGGAGUGGGAAAUGAAGAAAUCAUAAAGCACCGUUAUCUUCUAUAUGAAAAACCAGUUGAACAUGGAGCCAAUGUCAAAUGCAUGUGCCUUAACAGAGUAAAAGUGCAGAGAUGGAUAAAGGCAAGGAAUGUACACUGGACAAACAUUGUGAAAAGUAGAUCUGGCAUCAUAUAAACUCUAAAGGAUGUAUAAAAUCAGUUCUUACAUUAAAACAGGGUUUAAUAUAAAAGAAAUACAUACAAAGGCCUUAACUUGAUGAACUAUGGUCAUUGGAACAUCACAGAGUCCAUAAAUACAAGUUGUGGAAUGUCUACCCUCAAUGGGGAAAGCAAGCGAAUACAUUUGGAUUUUGAAGCAAAAAGAGACAACACCUGAAAAACAGUAUUCUAAACUGUACCAAGAAAAUUUUGGCCAAGACAAAGCCUUUAUAACUGUGAAUGUCUAGAAAAUUGUCACUGAAAAGACUGGGCAGGGAAGGAUGAAAGCUGCAUAUUGAGCUGUUCUAAUUGCUUUCUGUAUAAUGUACAAGUCUAUAAUAUAAAGUAAAGGAAUAUCAUAGACAGAAGGAAAUAUUUAUAGUUCACUGUAUAUGUUCUCCUAAAGAGGAACAUCAGUAUCAUUUUACCUAAUGACCGAUCCAAUACAUCAUGAGCGCUGGGAGUUGUAUUACAAGGCGUUGAGAUGUCUCGCCAAAGUCUCUUCAAUGAGACACGUUCACUUCCAUAGACCGGCCCCAAAGGGAAAAACGGUCUUCAGAUAGCCCAUAUACUAAAUGCUAUAUUCACAUUGAUAUCCAUAUUUUGGAUUUGCCCUUUUGCAAGUUCCAUUGAAAAUAUAUUAGAAGUGAUUUGUAAAAAUGCAUGUGAAGAAGCAUCAGGUCCCAGUUUUUUUAAAUGUGCCUUAGUAAAGUGGUAUUUGUGUGACGGAUGGACAACUAUUGACGUCAUUGUGUUAAGGGAGUGUUCUCAUAAUGCGCUGUCAUGGCCUAUCACUAACAUAAGCUGUAACCGUGUAAUCGGUGGGCAUCAACUUCUGGGACCCUUGAAGACAGAAGAAUAAAUGGACCUAGGUCCCUUCAGCUUAUUCUCUGCAUGGAGGUUCUCCCAUUCACCUGUUGUGUGGUAGUUCCUUACAAGGUGGGUAUGGAUGAGGGUCGCUGUUUAGAGAAAAUCUAUUAGGGAGCUGCAGUGCUUUACUAGUGCUGAGGCCCCUUUAUUCUAAGAGCCCUUUUCGACUGAGAAAUAUCCUGCCCAAUAAUGAGUGCCGGUUGGUUGGCACUCAUUAACUGCAUGUCCAUGCAGCAAUCAAUGCUCUGCAUGAGGACGAUCCAUCACCACAUAAAUAAUCCAACCAAAGUGUUUGCUCGUUAGGUGAUCGGCAGCAUGUUAACAUGGGUCAAAUAGCCGUGUUAUAGGCCCCUUAGCAGCAGUUGGGGUCCCUGCAGUCGGACCCCACUAGUCAAGAACCACAACCAUGGUGUAUAUGAUUUUGAGAGUUUAUGAUAUGUGAUGGAGGACUGAGAAAGUGUCGAGAACUUGGAUCAUAAUGUAUAGAAUAGUGUGAAGGAACUCCCCCAAAAGAGCCCCCUUCUUGUCUGCAUAUUGUGCCAUUGUACAAAGAGCUAUAUGCACUUUAUGAGUCUUCCAAAUGUUUUUCAAUAAAAGGACAAUGUACAGAA